UUUUUUUUUUUUGAAAAUGCUUUUCUCGAGAAUUGCUCGCUCUAUUCCUAUCCGCCGUGCUUUUUAUACCACAGAAGCUCCUUCUGGUUUAACUGAGGGAGAAAAACUUAUUUUCACUAAACUUUCAGAAGCAUUGAACCCUCAUAAACUUCAAGUAGCCGAUGUGUCAGGUGGGUGUGGAUCCAUGUAUGCUAUCAACAUUGCUGCAAAGAAAUUCGAAGGCACAAGCAUUGUUAAACAACAUAGAAUGGUCAAUGAGAUUUUGAAAGAGGAAAUCAAGGGUAUGCAUGGUUUACAGCUCAAGACCUCUGCUAAAUAAAUAAAUAAACU